UUCGUUCUUCCAGAAAAAAACAAUAUUUUUAUGGGGAAUAUUUUUGAAUAUUACAUUGUUCAUACUAAAAUAAAUAACUAGUAUGUACUUAUUUUUUCAGAUGGAAUCGCGAUCUAAGAGGAUCCUUGAACUUGCAAUGGCAACCGAGAAAUCUAACAUUCCCGUUCUAAUGACUAGGAUAGAUAAUAGCACAUUAUACAUACGGAAUGGAACUUCAAACAUAGAGGACUCAUUGUUAACAGAAGGAAAAGUUGACUUAACAGUUCCGAAUCGUAGUCGUUGUGAUUCGACUAGCAGUAGUUCGUCUAGUGACUUGUCAACCAGCUCAUCAAGCCCUUUCAGUGAAGGUAAUUUUAUGUAUUCAAUUAAUGUGCAUUUCACUGUAAUCAAAAUUGAAUCAGAAUUGAAUUGGUAAGACGUGUUUAUGAGUGCUCGUAACUUUUAUCAAGUUUUGUGAUUAUUACGGCUAUAAUUAAAAAGCUUUUAAAGCGCCAAAGAAACCAUAAAGUGACAAAGUGAAAUUGUGCAGAAAGUGAGCCAAGAAAACAAGCAGAAUAAUUUGUAAGUACAAUUUCUUAUAUCUACAUUUAUUGAAUAGAACAAAAAUAUCGCUUGCAAAUUAAAGAACUAUAAAAACCAGAAACUAAUUAGUUCUGAUAAGGUGACUUGAUUUUGAGCCAUCGAGGCGGGCUCGCCACUUUUUCGCAAACCAAACUGUUACAAAAUAACGAUUGGACUAUUAAGUAACGGGAGUGAAUAUAAGUAAGUGAAAAUAAUCUGUAUGUGUACAAUUUCUUAUAUUUAUUGGGAAAGAACAAAAAUAUCGUAUGCAAAUUAACGAACUAUAAAUAACAGUAACUAUUUAGGUUUGAUAAGGUGAAGAGCCUCCGCGCUUUUGAGGCGGGCCCGGCACUUUUUCGCAAACCGAACAGUGACAAAACACCGAUUGGACUAGUAAGUAACGGGAGUGAGUAAUACAUGCACGCUGCGCCACAAAAAAUGGCUUCGAAUUUGUUAACACCGGUAAAAAUAAUGGAUAGAUACAAAGUGGAUUCGGACGACGACACAUCAGAAGACCAUAGAAAGAGGAACAGAGAAGAAGAGGAAGAAUUGUUCCAAAAAAGUAAAAAAGUGUCUAGAUCGCCUAACAAAACCCGUAACGAAGAUAAUAAGCUCGAUCAAAUUAUUAAAAUGAUGCAUGACUUAACCACAGAAACAAAAAAUUUAACAACGGAAGUAAAAGAGAUAAAGAAUGAACAGAGAAAAUAC